AUGGUGAUCUCCCAAAUCUCGACCGACCUUUCACAAGCAGAAGACGAUCCUGUGAUCAACUUCCAAAAGAAAGAUCUGAUCGGCCUCAACAUGCCACAUAAUGAUGCCUUUAUCAUCAGCAUUCAAAUCGCUCAGGCCAUGGUUGACCGAAUUCAUGCAGACAAGGGUAGCGCAGCCAAUAUCCUGCGACUGGCAGUCAUCCAGCAGAUGAGCUUAGAGACAAAAAUCAAUGAAUCAGCCAGAUCGCUGACCGUCUUUAAUGGUACAACAACGAUUAUCGUGGGCACGAUAGACCUUGACGUCUACUCUCUACCUGUAAUCAACUCGCAAACAUUCAUGGUCAUUGAUGAGGUCUCACCCUACAAUGGCAUUCUGGGCAGACCAUGGAUCGGCAAGAUCAACGCCAUCACCUCUGCCACACAUCAGAAAAUCCGAUACCCAAUCCCUGGCGGUGGUGUAGGCCAAAUCAACAGCGAUUAA